CCAUGCGGAACCAACAGCGCCUAUAAAUAUUAGGCUAGUAAAGAAAGUCUGGAGGACAUUUCAUUGAACAAACCAGCAGAGUGAAGAACACUUCUAACAUGUCCCAGCUCCCGUUUUUUGUGAUGUUUUAUGCUCUUUCUUCACUCCAGAUUUUGUUUAUUAAGGCAAAGGAAGAAUGCCAGAUAUCUGAAGUGUCAAAGCUCAAAGAAGAAAUUCGCAAGCUUAAUAAUAAACUGUUGGUCGGGGAGUGGAAAGUUAUGCAUCUGCGUGAUCACCGUCGCUUCAAGUUAUUACCACAAGACCACAGUAAGACAUAUGAAAACAACACUGAACCAUUACCAACUUCAAUGAAGACUGGAGGCAACUUACUGGUUCAUGACAGAGAUUGCUCUGAGUUAUACGAUAGACUGAAACCAGAAACUGGAUUCUACAGAAUUAAGCCCAAAUCAUCAGUUGAACCGUUCCUUGUGUACUGCGAUAUGGAUGAUGGUGGGGGCUGGACUGUGAUUCAAAAACGGGUAAAUGGUAAAGUUAGUUUUGACAGAACCUGGGAGGAAUACAAGAACGGAUUUGGUCACUUCCAGUCGAGUAAAGACGAAUUCUGGCUUGGGAAUGAUCAUAUUCAUGCCUUGCUUAAAGACGGUGAAAAUGUGAUGAAAAUUGAUUUGAUGGAUUGGAAAGGACAGCGGUCCUAUGCAAUGUAUGAUAACUUCAAAGUGUCCGCCGAAAAGGAUAAGUACAGGUUGCACUAUGGGAUGUACAGUGGUCAGGCAGGAGAUGCCCUGUCUGGAGGAGCCAAUAUGGUAGAGCAGUGGUCAGCGUCUCAUAAUGGCAUGCAAUUCAGCACUCGUGACCAGGAUCACGAUCGAUACCGGCAAGGCAACUGUGCUGUGGAAAACAGAGGAGGCUGGUGGUACAACAGGUGUCAUGCUGCCAAUCUCAAUGGGAGAUUUUACAGAGGUGGAGAGUACAAAGCCAAGUAUGAUAAUGGUGUGGUCUGGAGCACCUGGAAAGGGCUGUGGUACUCUCUCAGACACACCACCAUGAAGAUUCGACCCAGCACCUACAUGGAUAAUCUAGGUAGUGGAGCAGGACCGGCAGAGUAAAAAGGCACACUUAAAAUCUCUUUAUACAUUUAUGUACUUUACAGUGUAUUAAAGAAGCUAUAUGUAGAUUUUUGACUGUACAACAUAUAAAAAAACACUAUACAUUUUUUACAGAGAUGUAUGAAACAUGUUAACUUCACAUUUCUGUUUCUCUAAAAACUCUGUUGUAUUCUUUUGAAGUUCCACGUUCCGGAGUGGAACGUUUGUUUUUGUUUUGGUCUGUGUGAACUUGCCACUGCCAAUUUACCCAAUAGAGUAUGUUGAUCGCUCGGUUGCCAGUGAUCAUUGGUUGCUUAAAUGUGACCUCUGGUGGAUGCAACAUCCAAAAUCAACAGAUUGAGGUAUAAAAAGGCCUUUUUGUAAUUUGCAAUCAACAAAAACAUUGCAAAUAUAAAAUCAAGGAAAUAAACAUAUGCUUUCCAUCAUCGGUUGCUCUCCUGUAGGUAUCUGGGAACCUUAGAGGGUGAUAAUAAAUCGAAUACAUUUUGAAUUUAGACUGCGAUACCAAGUUUAACGACUAAAGGUAAAUCUUACAUACAGCCCCUUUAACUGUGGCCAUUAUUUACUGUGGUUAUAUUAUAAAAAUGCAGCAAAAUGUGUGGCAAAAGCCAAGGAGGAUUCAAUGGGGAUUAAGUAACUCAUUUUGUGAAUUUCCUUUAUGUUUCCCCACUAACUAAAUAAUAAAAUGUAAAAAUUU